GUUGUUACAGUAUAGCCCAGUUGUUGUAUGAUUGUCGGCGAUGAGAUGCAUGACUCUGGUGGGGGAGGACAAAUCAAGUGUGGCGCUGGGUCGGAGGGGUGAGGUAAUCGCCAAAUAUUAUAAGCAUCUUUGAUGGCAAAUCUUGCCUUUGUCACCGGCGCAACGGGCUUCAUCGGCUCGCAGGUCGUCGCAUCUGCUCUGCAAGACGGCUACACCGUGCGAGUGAGCGUCCGAAAGCCAGAGCAGAUGGACACCCUCAAGGGCAUCUUCCACGACGACGUUUCAAGGCUGCAGUUUGUCGUUGUGCCGGACAUUUCAGUUCCCGGGGCGUUUGACAGUGCUCUGGACGGUGUGCAGGUCGUCUUCCAUCUGGCAUCGCCCAUGCCUGGCAAGGGGAGCGACCUGCACCGGGACUAUCUCGAGCCAGCGCGCAAUGGAACGCUGUCGAUGCUGGAGAGUGCCAGCAAGGUGGGCAGCAUCAAGAGGGUGAUUGUCAUGUCUUCGAUCCUGGGCAUUGGGCCCGUCGACUUGUUUUACAACACAGACACGUUUGUCGCAGCCAACACCGGCAAAAGACACGACAUCGACCUCGACAAGGUCUUCCCCGGCGGCAAGGGCGACAACGGCCGCAUGUACGUGGCCUCCAAGAUCGUCGCGCACCAGGCCACGCGGGACUGGGUCGCCGAGCACUCGCCGGCCUUUACGCUGGCCACGAUCCAUCCGACAUUCGUGCUGGGCCCCAGCCUGGUGCGCAGGACGGCCGCCGACCUGGACGGCAUCAACGCCUGGUUCUGGCAGUCGCUGCAGCUGGCGGCGCCGCUGUUCCCAGCCGUGAUUGUCGACGUGCGAGACGUGGCGCAGCUGUGCAUCAGGGCCGCGGCGAUGGACGUGCAGGCCGAGCUGGUGGCCUCGGGGGCGCCGACGAGCUGGCGCGAGAUUGGCGAGUGGACGAGGGCGACGUAUCCGCAGCUGGAGACGAGGCUGGACGAGGACGGGCCGGUGCCGUUCAGGGUCGACAACGAGGUGCUGGGGAUGCGGUGGCGGCCGCUGGGAGAGACGCUGGGCGGGUUGAUAGACCAGCAGCUGGCGCUACAAAAGGGCAGCGCUUAGGCUGUGGAUGUGGAUGGAGGUGCGUGUGGUUGGUGCUGUUAGCCGCUGUGAAUUAUUAUAGAGGGCGUCUAUGAAUGAAUGCAAGGGCAUUGGACAGGAAAGAAAUUGAGGUUGGAAGAGGCCUGUCUGUGCUGUGUAUAUGUGUGUGUGUGUG